UCAAUUUCAAACCCUCAACUCUCAUUCCGUUACGCAAUAAUAAAAGCCGAAAACUCUGCUGCACGUGCCAGACUCGCCACAAUCUCUCAAUCCCCCUAUCACUUGGCCCUAAUCUCCGAAAAAUCCACCCCUGUUAAAAUAAGGCCGUGCCAGUGGUGCCAUUAGUAAUGGCGUUGGCAUCGAUCUGCCGGUUGUCAAUUGAUUCGACCUUCAGUAGCUUCAGCCAUUUGGGAGCCACCGCCCGCCGCAGUCGCCCGUCCUUAGCAUCUCUGGUUAAAAAUUUCGCAGCGUCAGCUGAAAAAAUGUCUCUGCCACGUGUUUUCUUCGACAUGACCGCCGACAAUCAGCCGGUGGGACGCAUCAUCAUGGAGUUGAGGACCGAUGUUACACCGAAAACUGCUGAGAACUUCCGUGCCUUGUGCACAGGGGAGAUGGGCUUUGGUUACAAGGGGAGCAGCUUCCACAGAGUGAUUCCCAACUUCAUGUGCCAGGGUGGUGAUUUCACGAACCACAAUGGCACUGGUGGCAAGUCGAUCUACGGCAACAAAUUCCAGGACGAGAACUUCCAGCUGAAGCACGUCGAACCUGGUCUAUUGUCCAUGGCCAAUGCUGGACCUGACACCAAUGGAAGUCAGUUCUUCAUCACAUGUGCUAAGACCAGCUGGCUCGAUGGCAAACACGUUGUCUUUGGAAAGGUUAUCGAGGGUAUGGAUGUUGUGAGAAAGCUCGAAGCUCUUGGCACCCAGAGUGGCAAGACCACCAAGAAGAUCGUGGUCGCUGAUUGUGAUGAACUAUAAAUCCCAAUCAACCAGCACUAAGAUUAGCCGUUGAGUAUCUUCCUCCCUCUACGUCUCACCACAAAAACCAGCGAAAAAAAACUAAAACUAAAAAUGAAUAAAAAGCAAUCAACAAAAGAUGAAAAACGGAUUUAAAUAUUCAACAUACAGUUCUCCACGAAAAUAAUUGCUUCCGGUUCAUGUACCCCAGGGGCCACUGGAUUGUGCUCCGUGCACCACGAAAUGCAGCAAAAGAUUUGAAACGAAUGGCAAAUCUCAAUGAGAUUAUUGAUAAACAAUAUUUCGAAUUUUGAAACUAGAACUUCCGUUUGUCGUAGCUCUUAUCAAGCGAGUUUGAUAAUUAUUAGGUUAUUAAUUUUAAUUAAAUCAAUUAAUCUUGUGAAGUGGUAAAACAUGAAAAUACAAUGUAAACAUGUCCGUUGAUUUUGUAAUUGUCUUGAGAACGAGUGGAUCUAGGAGGAAAGUGUUUUCAGACUUUUUUGUAGAUAAUUAAAUUUCCUACAAGAAAUGCAUUUUGACUUUUCCCUCUAGAACAACUUGCCACCGAGAUAGUGUACGGUUUCACCACUUCCUUGCUGAAUCAUAAAUUCACUUUUUUCAAUAAAUGCUGCUCUAAGUUUGAUAAAAAAUUUUUUCUCUCUUCCACGGGAUUUUGAACCUUCUUUCUAUGUGAAUUUCGUACCUUCAACUUCGAUUGUAAAACGGUUACACUCUUCCAAAACGUAAAAUAUUGUAAAAAAAGUUAAUGAGAAGGAAUAACAUGUGAAGGACCUAUCUUUUUUUAUUGUAAAUUAAUUAACGUGAAUUCAACGUUUUUUUGUACAUUUUUGUAAGAGUUAGAGUUUAAUUGUCAUUUGAAUUUCAUGAGAAUAUGGCAUUUAUCUACUGUAGAUGAUGAAGUGUUGGAAUUAUUGAGUGUGUAAAUUGUAUUACAUUGCAAACAGCAUUCCAGAUAUAGUACUGGAGAGUGUAUUACCCUCGACCAAUCGUCGUUACCCCUAUUUCUACUUAAUAAAUUGUUUUCAGAAACAAAA